ACUGAUGAAGGGCAAAUUCCUUGAGUCCCUGGACUUUCUUCUUCAAGCUCUCAGCCUCCAUAAUGCAGCACCGGGUGGUCAGGAAUUUGACCUCGGAAUUCAGGAGAUCGCUUGUUGGAUAUUCCAUGUAAAGUUUGUGGAGAUAGGAGUAGUGGGAAGCACUACGGGAUCUACAGCUGCGAUGGAUGUUCGGGAUUUUUCAAGAGAAGCAUACACCGAAAUCGAAUUUACACCUGUAAGGCCACAGGUGAGAUGAAAGGACGUUGUCCCGUCGAUAAGACACACCGAAAUCAAUGCCGUGCCUGUCGUCUGGCCAAGUGCUUUCAGUCAUCAAUGAAUAAAGAUGCUGUUCAACAUGAGCGGGGUCCCAGGAAGCCGAAGCUACAGCCAUCAUCGCAGCACCAUCACAUCCAGCAGCACAUUCCGAUGUCGCUCGUGGCGAAUGUGUCGGCGUCAUUCAAUUACGCAUCACAUCUGACAAACUCCCAGCCGAUUUUUGCCCAAGCCAGUGCUAUGCAUCCCACGUCAAAGGCACCACCACCCUUCACACCCAUUGCCCACCACACAAUCCAUCAUGCUCUACUGCAGCAACCACCCCCGAAAUUGGACCCCGUCAAAAUGUGUCCUACGUACGGUGAUCUCGCGAAUCAUGGGCGCAACAAUGAUUUCUUCGGUCACAUCAAUCAUCUCUCACCUUCGCCCACGCAAACGAUCAAGAGCUCACCCAGUAUCGAUCCCUCGUCAUCUGAGGGCCUGGGAAGUCCACAGCCGGCCGGUGAUGCAACCACCGUGGCAAAUCGACUGGCAUCCUCGACGCAGAAUGGUCUCCUCGACAUCCUCAUGAACUCCGACAAAUGCCAGGAAUUCAUUCAGUAUCAAGUACACAACACCAUCAUGUUUCCACCUCCGCCACCUCCUCCACUUUCCGCGGGAAGUGCCAGCUCCUGCGGGGGCCCCGUAGACAUUCGACUGCCUUCGUGGGAGAUCCUCCAGGAGACAACGGCACGUCUACUCUUCAUGGCAGUCCGAUGGGUACGCUGCCUUGUACCAUUUCAGACACUCUCCAAGGGUGAUCAGCACCUCCUGCUUCAGGAGUCAUGGAAGGAGCUGUUUCUGCUGAAUCUCGCUCAAUGGGGUGUUCCUUUUGAUUUGGGUGCUCUUCUCGAUAGUCCCCAUGUGAGAGAUCGUGUUCCACAGGACUCCGUGACGAAUACCGAAAUGAAGACCAUGCAGGAGAUUUUAUGUCGCUUUCGUCAAAUUUCACCGGAUCCCAGCGAAGUGGGAUGCAUGAAGGCGGUCAUUCUCUUUUCACCAGAGACACCGCGUCUCUAUGAUAUUCAACCCGUAGAGAUGCUCCAGGAUCAGGCUCAGUGUAUUCUCUCAGAUCACGUGCGGUUGAGGUACCCACGUCAACCCACUCGUUUUGGUCGACUCCUUCUCCUGCUGCCCUCCCUGCGUGCCAUCCGGGCGUCCACAGUGGAGUCACUCUUCUUCAAAGACACCAUCGGGGCUGUUCCCAUUGCCAGACUCCUCACCGAUAUGUACCAAAUGGAAAAGUAUGCAGAUAUCGAAAACUUUCCAGGGGAAAUAUCGAACAACUGUCCUCAUCAGUAGUUUUAUUUACCUUGAUCCAGG